AGAUGUUUAAAUUUAAACUUUGUGAGUCAGAGGAGGUUUACUUAUGAAAUGAUUGUGUUUGUCUAAGGAUUUUGCUCUGUAGCAGAUGAAAUAUUCUGAUAAACGUUCAUGCUUGCGGUUGAUAAUCUGUAUUAAAAUUAGAAUUUGACAAUAUCCUGUAUUACCCAGAUUUUGUUUGCCGGAAAAAUACUCAAAGAUGGAUGAAACACACGUGAAUUUCUCUUUCUUUUAUAUUUUAUUUUAUAUCGCGUACUUUUCCGUGGCUCUGGGAAUUGAAAAGUCUUGCUCUAAAUUUCCACUUGAGCACGAUAUGUUAUCUAAAAUGGUUAGAAUGGAAAAUAAAAAUGGAACAGAUGGAGAUUGAAAUGAUGAACCAGAGAGAAAAAAUGGAGAAGUUUUCCAGAGACUAUGCCAGUAUGAGAGAUAUCCUCUUCGUUGUGAUGGAAAACAAAACUGCUGAGUUCGCUCGAGUAAUGGAAGGGCUAAAUGCAAUAGAAAAGUCAAGGUCCAUUGUAGCGUUUUCUGCAGCUGCAAAGAAUCAUCAAACGGUCUCGGCUGGAAAUCAACCUUUCGUUUUCGAAUCCGUAAUUACAAACGUCGGCAACGCAUAUAACUACACUUCAGGACAUUUUGUGGCACCAGUCUCCGGGACUUACGUUUUCUACAGCAGUAUUCUCUCGAUGGCUGGAGCUUCAUUUGAGGCAUAUAUUGCAGUAAAUGGAUCCAUUAAAGUGCGAAUGCAUGAAUCUGGAAAUAAUGGGCCACGUUACGGUAUGGCUAGCCAGUCAGCCAUUGUAGAACUUAAUGCAGGUGACGUUGUGUCUGUGAACAGCCCGAGUUCAGUGAAGGUACAUGGAAAUACAUACACAACAUUUAGUGGAUUCUUGAUUCGUCAGUUUCAGUAAUCACUGGUCUAGUAAACAUAUAUGUUUACAGUUUGAUAAUAUAAACUUUUCAGCAAUAGUGAAAUCACGUUAAAAUAUUAUUUGACGCCCUAUAGGCGCCGAGAAGGUUUUGUCAUAUUUGGUUUACUAUUUUCCGUAACAAAGGCAUUUCAGAAUCGCAUAAUAUUACACAAUGGUGUUACACUUAAUUUACAAAUUCACUAGCUGUUUACGCAUGAACAGAUUAUUCAAUGGGAUGUGUAAUCGUCUCGUUGACGCAAUGUUGACCUUCUAUUAGUGAUAUCCUGUUUUGUCCACAUUUUUAAAAUAUGAAAUAUUAGAACCAAAAUAAUACAUAGCAGAACCAUGUUUUAAUCUGUUUAAGGACAUUUCCUUUGGACAGAAUUUUAAAUGUUUUUACAUAACUUUUUCUUCAAUAUUUACUCUUUCAAUUUUAGCGAUCAUAAAUGUAUGUUUCCAUGUCUGAUUGGAUAAUGUAUGACCAACUGGUAUUCAAAUAUCAGAAUGAAAAACUGAAGCAAACUGUAACUACAAAUUCCAUGACAAAUAAAUACAUUCACAAAUUUU